GAGAUUGCACUUGCUUCUUUUCAUUUUAUCUUCAGUCUUCACUGUCGGUGUUGUUUUAGUUUACUCAUUUCUCCAUUAAUUAGUUAAUUUUAUUUUCCAGAUUCCAAGUGAAUAUCAAUCACCAUGUUUAAGGUAACAAUCUUAUUGUCCAUCCUUUCAGUGGUUUUAGCAACCAAAGGCGGUAAUGUUGUUCAACAACGACAAACUGACUCAGAAGGUGCACUUGGACCUGAAUCAGUUCCCUUCCUUGCCCCUCCACCAGCCCCUGCACCAGAACCAGCUGGAGCUGGUGGUGAUUUAGAUGCUCUUUGGGGUCCACCAAAGCCUUACUCUUUCGGUUAUGAGGCUCCUGGAUCUGAUGGACGAUCAAGCCGAUCUGAAAGCUCAGAUGGACGUAAGGUAACUGGAUCAUACACCAUGGUUGGUGCUGACGGUGUUAACCGAGUUGUCAACUAUGUUGCUGAUGGAGAUGGUUUCAGAGCUUCCAUCAUCACAAACGAACCUGGAACUGAGAGACAAAACCCAUCUGGAGUCAUCAUGGAAACCUCACAGCCUAAAGCCGAAGAAAUUGCUCGAGCUUUCGGACCAGUCGCUGAACCUGGACCAGAUGCCCCACGAAAAUACAUCGGAGCUCCAAUCCCAGCCUUACCUUCAGUCAACUCAUUCCAACGAGCUCCAGCUGUAAGUCAAGGAUCUGCUGGUCCAGCUUUCGAUGCUUUCUCCCAACAGAAACAAGAUGAAGAUAGAUUCGAACAGCAACAACAACAAUCACAACAAUCCCAACAACAACAACAACAAGAGCAACAAGAACAACAAUCUCAACAAUCUCUUUCCCCAUCCUCACUCCCUGCCCCAGCCCCACUUCCUCAAGCACCAAAAUCAUUCUCUCAACAAAUUGUUCACUCAAUCCCAGCUCCAAACACCCAACAAAUUUUCAGAGUCCCAGUUGCUCAAACCUUCCAACCUCAAGCCUUCCAACCUCAAACUGUUCAAAUUUCAGCUCCAGUUUCUCAACAAUUUGUAUCUGAUUAUCAACCAGUUCUUGUCCAAGAAAUCCCAAGACUUUCUCUUCCCAAACCAAACUUCUUUGUCCAACAACAACCAGCUUUCAUCCCACAACCAUUACCCGCAGCACAGCCAAUCCCAGCUCCACGACCAGUAGUCAUUGCCCCUGCUCCUCUUCCAGUUCAAACUUUCAACUUCCAACCUUCACAGCCAAUCUCAUCAGGAUCCCUUUCCUCUGCUUCUGGUACUAAAUCAGCAUCAGCAUCCUCAUCAUCAUCAAUCAAGUCAGCUUCACUUUCUUCUGGUUCAACCAAGGGAAGAUUUGUUGCUCCAAGCCGAUCUUCAGUUCGAGCUCUCCCAGCUCUUCCCGCUCUUCCAGCACGACCAGCUCUUUUGGUUCAACCUCAACCUGCUCAAGCUCAAAACUCAUUCUUAUCCACAAACCAAGGAAAAACUAGCGCUUCAAGUAACUCAGCAUCAGUCAAAUCAGCAUCUCUAUCGCCAUCAUUCAACUCAGGCAAACUCAAUGGUCAACGAAUCUUGAAGCCAUUCUACCUUACAUCCACUCAAGCUCCAACCCGAUUCGAGCAAUCCCAACAAAGCUUAAACCAACCAGAAUCCUCAUCAGCCUCACGGUCAGUCUCCCAGGUCAAGGAUGAACAACAAAAGGAUUCCGAAUCACAAGAAGACCAAUUUUUCAGAAGCUAGAUUUGCCGAAAGCAAACAAUGCAAAACGAAUCAUGAUGACCAUUGCCAUACAAACACAUAACCAUCAUACUCUUUUUUAAUUAUAAAUCAUUUGAAUUUACCUUUUUUGCCGAAGACUUUUUUUUUCAUUCUCUCGUCUUUUUCGCUCUUCUUAUCCUAUUGUUCCUCCACGUUUUCCGUAGUAUCUCACUAGUUGUGAUAUCGAUCGUUCAUCGAAAGAAACGUGCCUUUUUAUUGCUGUAAGAAUGCUCUUUCAAAUAAAAACAUGAUAGACAUGAUGAUGAUGGUUCAAUCAACUUGAAUUAGUAUCACAUUAUUAAUAGAUCUGACCAUUCAUCUCAUAAAGAAAACUUAGUUUGUUUACUUUGAUUACCUUAAUCAAUCACUGUUGAUGAAUUGAUAAUUGAUUAAACAACCUGUUCAAACACGAAA